GCAAACAAGUGGCUUUAUCUCAUUCUAUCUCUUACAAUGGAGAGAGACAGCCAUAUACUAUUCCAUGGAACUGUUACCCCAAAAAAUAUAAUGCCACAUCUGUUUCACUGAAUCAUAUCUCAAAAUUACACACAAAAACUCACCCAAUUGAUUUGUUUGUGGUACACUUAACCCAUAUCCCUGCAUCAGAUCACUUCCUUUCUCCUUUCCCAAGUUCUCACAUUUUUCUGUCAUUUUGGCAGCUUUCUAUUUUGUAAUGUUUAAUAUAUUUGGACCACUUCUUUUCACUUACCAACUGUACUACUUUUUCUUGCUAUAGCUCCUUUUGCUUCCACUAAGGAGGCAAAUAUUUAACUUGUCUACUUGCUUCUUGAUUGAUAACAGUUAUUAUGGGGUUUCCUCCUAUUUCUGCUCCUUUCAGUUGUCCUUUUUAUAGUGUUUAAUGACUUCCCUUUUACUGGGUUUUCAAGAAUAUUUCAGACUUAAGUUUUCCAACAGUUCUUGAGCUUGUCAAGUGUAUUUUUGGUUAUGGAGCUGAAAAUUCAAAGUGGUUCCUUUGUGGAAGAGUAAAGCAGCAUAUUGGGUUUGUAUGAAAUUAUUGAAUUCUUGGAAAAAUGGAGUCUUGGAGCUAUCUAUCAGGGGGAAAGGGUUUCAUAUCAGAGGAAUCAGUUUCUGUAAAUGAUGGAAUGGGGAGAGCUAAAAAUGGAUUAAUGGGUUGGGAAUUGAAGACCCCUAGCAGCUAUGUUAUGUGCUCAAGUCAAGAAGGUAGUACUAAUAAUCAAGGAUUUCCUGAAUUAGGUUCUCAAAAUUUGAUGAGAAAAACUAUGUUCAGUGACCAAAGUUUUUUUGGUUCUGUGGCAGCUAGUCCUAGUGCAUAUUCUGGGGAAGAUAAAUCUAAGUCUAGUUCCAAGUUAUCAAGCUCAGUUGUGGAAUCAAACUCUAGAGAUUCAUCACUGAUUGAUUUGAAGCUUGGAAGAUUUCCUGAUCAAAUAGAUGCAAAUGUUUACAAAUCUCCCAAGAUUAUGCCUAAUGUCUCUUGUGCUGAGUCCAUUGUUCCAGCCAAGAGAAUGAGAGCAGGAGGUGUGAGUUCCCAUCCAUUUUGUCAGGUUCAAGGUUGUGGGAAGGAUCUCAGCUCUUGUAAGGAUUAUCACAAGAGGCAUAAAGUUUGUGAGGUUCACUCAAAGACUGCUAAGGUUAUCGUAAACGGCAUUGAGCAAAGGUUUUGUCAGCAAUGUAGCAGGUUCCAUCUGCUGGCUGAAUUUGAUGAUGGCAAACGGAGCUGCAGGAAACGUCUUGCAGGUCAUAAUGAGCGCCGAAGGAAGCCCCAUACUGGUACCAGAUUUCGAGGAACUUCUUUUGCGACAUCAUCCUUUGCUUGCCAAGACAUACUUGGUGGCCGCUUUCUGCAUCAACCAAAAUUUGAGAUGAAUGACUGGUAUAAGAAUGUAAAAGGUGAAGAUGGUGUUGAACGUAGCCCUCAACUUGCCAUGCCCUUUUCAAAUGGACAGUUGCAACCAAAAUCUGUUUUCACGUCAUAUCAUGCCAAGAAACAGUGUCAACCUCUCCAUGAUGAAGGACAACCUGAUGUAACAACGAGCAGAAUUAACGAGAGUACCAUCUCAUCUCUGCAUGAUAUGCGAGGAUCAGAUUUUGUUUCCCCUUCUUUGUUCCACACCACCUCAUCUGGAUCUGAAGUCUUGCAUGUUUUGGACACAUCUUCUACUAUUCAUGGGCUAUCAGGGAUAUCAAACUCCAGCAAUGCUCUCUCUCUUCUGUCAUCUCAAUCACGGGGCUCGUCAAAUCAUUCCACUGUUUUUCGUGCCGCUCAUCCCCUGAUUUCCCCAAGCAAUAAUUCACGUUACAGUGUGACUCAAGCAUCUAAAGAAGUCCUGGGACUUAGUCCUCAGGAUUCAGCAGGUAGAAUGUCCAACACAUUCAAUUCAUCUGGGGUCAAUUCUGCAGAAGGUGGACUGGACCAGAUACUAUUUCCUAGCAACACUUGUGGCGUCGAUGGGAUCAUUCAAGGACCAAAUUUUGUGAACCACAAGGAUCAACUUUCUUGUGAAGAUGGACCCACUAUCGAUUUGCUCCAGUUGUCAUCGCAGCUUCAGCGUGUGGAGCAUCAAAGGCUUUCCAUGCAAGUGAAGCAGGGCAGCAACACUUUUCCCGGCCUCAGAAUCACUUGAGCAGAUUCAAAUAUCUGGAUUGACGUGAAAAUGGUUGGCUGCUGAACAGCUAAAGUGUGCAGCAACUCAGGCAAGAAGCAGCCAGCUUUUCCAGCUAACAGAGGUGGGAGCGUUGAGAAGCAAGUCUUUGGAAUCUUGAUGUUCAUUUCUUCAUUGUUGUUCAUCUCUUUCUCAUUUUGAUACGGACAACUGUUCCUCUCGACACUGUCUUAUUCAAUAAUAAUCCGUUCUUUCUUUUGGAUAAUUGACAAAAACAAUCAUGACUAGUAGUCAAGUUGGUUUGCGUACAGAAUUAUCCAAUCCUUUUUCUAGUGU